UUUAGGAGCCCGAUAAGCUCUGGUCAAAGGUUGCUUCGACAUCCUCGGAUCGAAGGUGACACUUGUCCUGGUGACGAGCAAUUGUUUCCAACACCAUCGUCCGCGGCGGCAAAAGCCUUUUCUUUUCAUUUUUGUUCAUCGAGAAGAUCCGAGCCGCGUCCCGAGCUUGCUCGCCGCUGCUGGACAGAACGCGGGAUAUGAGCUACACCGAACCGCUGUGGGAGAUCAAUGGAAAUCAAGCACCAGUGAUUACAGCGGACAUGUCGCAAUACGUGAGCGGGGAACUCGGCAGCUACCCGAUGUGGGACAGUUCUGUUUUGUAUCAAGCACCACCGCCAUCGCAUUCCCACGUCAACGAUCACGGACUGUAUAGACAACCGUGUGCGUUAUUGCAUCAAAGUCGAUACACAUCGAACGGGAGAUCACCGAAUCUUCCAUCUUCUACCACGAAGAAACCAAGGCGUCGAGUAGCGACCGUUUCGCAAAGAAGAGCAGCGAAUAUUCGUGAAAGGCGAAGAAUGUUCAAUUUGAACGAAGCAUUCGACAAACUCCGCAGAAAAGUACCGACAUUCGCGUACGAGAAACGGCUGUCAAGAAUCGAAACUCUACGUUUGGCGAUCACCUACAUCGCGUUCAUGGGGGAACUGCUUGGAAUCGAACCGAGCAGUCCGAAGCCGGAAUACAUACCACGAGAAUAUUAUUUGCCGAAUUGAACCGUCGUUGCGCCAGUCGUCUCGUCGGUCUGAAUUUUUUAAGAUGCUCGUUAAAUAUUUACAAACAGAAAUCGUUUCGGUACGAGUACGACGACGCGCGGAAUCACCGGAGAAACCUAAUUUAGGAUGCGACGAUACACGGUGACUCUCGAUGCGUUUAAACUUUUAACCGUAUGUACUACGCGAGUAGGUAUUGUGAUCCGAGUGUCGAUACCGCGAUAAGAAUAGUCAAAAGAACUCUUCCAUGACAAAGAAAACAUUAAACAGUAUUUAAUGUUUAUGUGAUUUUACGAUGUAAGAUAAAAAUCCGUGUCUUCCGUAAUUUAUGCAAGUUUGCGCAUUAUAUACAUAUUGUCAUUAUAUUUCAAUAUAACACGUAUACAAUGA